GGUGUGUUGUGUGUGUUGAUUGUUCGAGUAAUAUUUGAGGCAUUAAUCACGGUUGUGUCCAGGCACAGCGGAAGCUGUCGUCAUGACGGCCGCCAAGUGGCUCGUGCGUGGACUCCUGAGGGAGCUGCGUGCCUCCACAACCCGACCGGAGGCCUCAAACAUGUACCGUGACUAUGUCUUGGACACGGCCCGCAGAUUUCAGGUGACCGGCGAGCAGCACUGCCGGGCUCGGGACGAGCUGACUUAUCUGGCCGACACCUACCGCAGCUACCUGCGCAGCCGGCGGCGGCACGCCGAGUUGCUGCAGGCCUUUCGCGGCCGCGGCGAGCGCUCGGUGCGCGACACCGCCGCCCUGGUGGGCUUCAAACUGCCGCACGACCCGCGCUGACGCCGCGCGCAGGGGCCUCGAACCGCGCCGGCCCGUAGGCGGCGCCACGGGUCCGCGGUUCGGUGGGGUCUGUAGUGGUGUGGGGCGGGACUGACCGCGGAAUGGCCGGUGCGGUGACGAGGCGCGGUGUGAACUCGGUCCCGCGCGACGCGUCCUGAUAGUGAGGAUGCGCGGCGGAGGCCGGGGCCAGGAGUUAGUGAUGAUGCGCGGCGGAGGCCGGGGCCAGGAGUUAGUGAUGAUGCGCGGCGGAGGCCGGGGCCAGGAGUUAGUGAUGUUGCGCGGCGGAGGCCGGGGCCAGGAGUUGUCGCUGAAGAGGCUCGGACCGCUCGAUUCGCAAUGGAAGGACUUGACUUUGACUGGUAUAUUUGGUGUUAGAGGUCGUGUGACUGAAUAUAGUGAAGCUGACGCUGA